AUGCCUGAUGACAAUGAGUCACUGGAUGAAGAGGAAAAUGAGGCUGAAGCAUCACAGGAAGAUGUUCCACGCUUACCCCGUUGGAGAACACCCCACAAUGCCAACAUCACUAAUUACCCAGAAUGGCAGGCCGGCCUUCCAAAAUCAGACGAUAUCAAGUCCCCCUAUGAAUACUUUAAGAUGUUUUUUUCUGAAGACAUUCUGGAAGUAGUUGUAGAGCAGUCAAAUUUGUAUGCCAUUCAGUGUAACACCAACAAGCCCCUUAACCUCACCACUAAAGAGCUGGAGCAAUUCAUGGGUACAGCAGUGUACAUGUCAUUGUUUGGAUUACCAGGCACCCGGAUGUUUUGGAACAAAGCCACCCGAGUUUCCCAGGUAGCUGACACCAUGUCACUGAAUAGAUGGGAGUUCAUCAAAAAAUGUCUGCACUUCAACAACAAUGAAGUGAGACAAGGAGAAAAUGUUGAUCAUCUCCAUAAAAUCAGACCACUGGUCACUCAUCUCACCUCAAAGCUGCAGACAAUCCCAAUGGGUGAGAAGUUGGCUGUAGAUGAGCAGAUGGUCCCUUUCAAGGGAAGAAACAGACUCAAGCAAUACCUGCCAGCAAAACCAAAAAAAUGGGGCUACAAGAUACUUGUCUUGGCUGGCUCUGAUGGUGUCCCGCACAAUUUUGAGAUCUAUACAGGGAGAGUUGUGCAACCCCCUGAGCUGCCAGAUGUAGGAGCAAGUGGCAACGUUGUCCUCCGCCUGGCCCAGCCAAUACCUAAACACCAGAAACAUAAGCUUUUCUUUGACAACUGGUUCACGAGUGUUCCUCUCAUUCUCACACUUGCUCAGCAGGGAAUUCACUGUGCUGGCACUGUCCGUAGCAACAGACUACCAGGUGUGAGCAUGAUGUGUGAUGCUGAGUUGAAGAGAACUGGACGUGGAUCUUUUGACCAGAAGACGGCCAUGGUUGGAGAAACCACCUUGCAUGCUGUGAAGUGGUAUGAUAACCGUCCAGUCAGUCUUCUCAGUGAUUACAUUGGAGCACACCCGGUCACUGAUGUUGAUAGGUGGGAUGGCAAGCAAAAAAAAGUCAUCAGAGUUCCCUGUCCUGCCGUGGUGAGAGAGUACAACAAGAAUAUGGGUGGAGUGGAUCUGCUGGACUCUCUCAUUGCACUGUACCGCACCAAAAUCAGGUCAAAUAAGUGGUACCACCGACUGAUGUUCCACUUUAUUGACAUGACCACCGUGACUGCCUGGCUGCUCUACAAGAGAGACUGCAGCAGCACUGGGAUGAGUAAAGAGGAACAGAUCAGGCUUUAUACGUUCAAGUCAUAUAUUGGAGAAAGCUUAUGCAAAAGUGGCAAGAAUCUGGAGCAUAAGAGAGGUCGUCCCAGUUCCACAAUUGCUGGGGAGUACAAAGAAAAGAGGAGAAGAGGACCCGCUACACCUAUUCCAGUCCCUGAGGUGCGUCUGGAUGCCACAGCCCACUGGAUGGUCAUGGAUGAAAAGAAAGGGAGAUGCAAGGUACCAGGAUGCAAAGGUACACCAAAAGCCAAGUGCCAAAAAUGUGACGUCCGCCUCUGUUUCACAUCCACCAGCAACUGCUUCCUGAGGUUCCAUACAGAAUAA